CACAAAUUACCUGAUCUAACCUAACAUUUCCGGUAUUGAAGAGAAUCACGAGACGAUGUAUUGAUGUUCGUGCAACUGAAUGUAAUCGUUUGAAUAACGUUGCUUAAUUUUGCCAUAGUGAGGAAGACAUGUCUUGGCUCGUGAAGUCCGUACACAAGUUUGCAAAUAUAUGGAUUCCGCAAGUGACACCGGUGAGGCACCGCUAUCAUGCGGACAAAGUAGCGAAAGGACCUGUGAUGCGUCGAUAUGGAUACAAAGAUCCUAUAGACAUGAGAGGUCUUUUGGCACGCGACAGCGACGAGAGAGUAUAUACGUUGCAGAUAUAUCGCCCGAAGAACGCUUGGAGCGAGAAACGGGCACUUUUCGGGCAAAACGACUACAUCGACAUAUUGGGCAAUAACAACCUCCAUCCAACGAGGAUCCUCUACAACGUACCAGCGUGGUUGAGGGGCGUCGGCGGCAAUGAAUAUCAGGUCUUACUCAGAAAGAAAAAGAUGUUACAGCAUGGUGUAUUUCCAAUUGCGAGGCCCACAAAAUGGAAGAAUUUGGAAAAAAGGAUAAAAUAUCUCUAUAAAUUCUUAAACCGUUUAAAAUAUUAGCUGUUAUCACGAUGUUAUCAGUGUGUACGUGAUUAUAUUCAAAUUUAAAUUUGACCGCAGUGUUUACCAAGUUUUCAAACAUCCUACUAAUCUUUUGUGUGAUCUGCUUCGUUAUCCUUUUUCUCUUAUCGACUUUGGCAAAGGUUGAUAUUUUGCGACGUAUAUAAUUUUUUCAAAUAUCUGAUUCGGCGAAUUGUCACAUCGAUUAGUGGGAUACCGACUGAUUCGAUGCAGGGCACAAGACAUAAUAUAUAUAUAUAUAUAUACAUAUAUAUAUAAAAGAGUAAAAUAUAAAAUAAUAAAUUUGUUUUAUUGUGAAAUAAUUAUCCAUCGGAUAUACGACUGUUUCAUAACAUUGAAGAACGCAAAUACUUUUCUCGCUGAAACGUAGGAUCCUCACUCAUCGUAGAAAGAUGAAUGUACAACCACGCACAGUUUUAUAUAUAUAUAUAUAUAUAUAUGUAUAUAUAUACAUACAUAUAUAUAUACAUACACACACACACACAGUCACAGUCGGGAUGUCCACGAGGUCCAACAUAUUGCGAAACGCGAUCGCGGAAAACAGAAACGCAUCUGAAGUAGUCUUUCUGAUUAACUAUUGUCAAUAAAUUGAGUAUUGUCUCUGUCAUUUCUUAAAAAAUAGUCACGCAUAACGAAUAUUUAGCUGCGCUCGUGAGCAUUUCAACAAUAGCUGAUGAAAAAGGCUGUUUCAAAUGUACUUUAACUACGCGUUCCGUGACACUUCUGGCCCUGAUGCUGUCGAAGAUUAGUCCAUGGAGAUCUAUCAUCGGCGCGUCUAGGUGACGAUUUUUGCGAAUCCUCUAUCGGAAAGGCAAGUCGAGUUUUCCACGAGCAUGGAAUCUCGACGAGUCCGUGUUAAUAUCGUGUGAUGUACGCUCGAUAAUCCGAUAAUGCUCUAUCGUGAUGACGAUGUGUUAAAAAAAUACUGUCCGAAAAGUCCCGAUCGAGAUGUACGUAUCUGCUUGUGAAAAGAUGAGCGUCAGUUUCCGACGAAGCUGCAGACAAUAAAGGACACACAUCAAAUUUAA